UUUAAUUGUUGAGAUAACCAUGCUAUGAUCAGGACCAUAACAUCACGCCCUGAAGAUGAACUGCCGUACACGAUAUGGCAACUGAAUGGAAACAUGUAAUGACUAACGGAACAUGGCUAUACGUAUUAUUUUGUUUUCUCGCGUUACAGGGUUGUGAAUUUGGACAAGUGUGGGCAUAUGACUACCAGGAUGACAUACAGAGCCUGCUGUGUGCCGCUCAGUGUGAGGCCUUCUGUCUAGAUACAAAGAAUCCAGACAGCUGCGCACUUUGCAAUACUACAGUGCAUUGGAUUACAAACUGUGAUGAGCCCUACUGUUAUGGAACCUGUUCUGUGCUGCGUACCAAUUAUGACAGUCACAAGAACCAGGUGGUGCGGAUCCCGGUGGUGAAUGUGCGGGCAUUACCUGACGGGCAAUCCAUGGAGCUGAUGUGGAGCCGGCCAGAACUCAUCAUAUCAAGUUCCCCAAUGUCCAUGUACAACAUCAUCUACAUCAUAGAGCGGACCCAGGCAGACCCUCGAUACCCUGGCAUCAGUACCACGCAGCUGAAAGGAUGGGUGACAGACACCCGCUAUGAAGUUGCUCUGACAGGGCACUGCAGCCAGGUUCGCUACAGAGUGAUGGCCAUCAACCAGUUUGGCUCUUCAGGAUUCAGUAACCCAGUAUAUGCCCCGAGUUUAUCCCCCGGCCCUGUACAAAACAUCCAUCUCACAGGAAAGGGCAUCUACUACUAUGAAGAUAAGAAUAACACCGCCUUCUCCGAGUUCAUGACUGUUCUAAAGUGGGACAACCCAGUUGGUUGGGAUGACAGAGAUAUUGACCACUAUGAAUGGAACCAAAUGAUGAACCGUUCCUGUGAAUACAUAUCCCAUGACAGUUUACCUAUCCUCAAAAAAAUGAUAAACCAGAGCAACCACAUCCUGAUGACCAUCUCCAGUGUAUCCAUCGGCUGCAAAUUUCUUGCACAGGUAAGAGCGGUGUCCAAGUGCAACACGAAGGGACCUUGGGCCAACCUCCUAGUGGACCUUACAAAUUGCAGCAGUAUAAAUGGAUAUAUGUGCCAAGAUAAACCAUUUGACCCACCCGGCAAGGUUGGAAAUGUGACCUUAUCCGUGACAUCAAAGACUGAAGACGAAGUGAUGAACUACUUACUGUAUCCCAACCUGAAACUAACAAGCCCACUGCAUGUUUUCCUGCACGUGCAUUGGCGACCUCCACUUGACCUUGGAAGUCAUGGGUAUGUGGACCACUACAUUGUGAGGUCGGGCAAGGCGGAGAGGCAAUUGUUCCCCAUUCCACCAGAAUUCAUUGGGAUGCCAGCAUCAAAAAAAGCACCUAAUGAUACAGUUGAGAUGAUAUUUGAAGUGGAAACAUACAGUAUCCCAUACACAUUUGGAGUUCAGGUGAUAGCUGUUGGUCCGAGCCAGACCAUCACAGACAACCAGUGGGGCCUGUUUCCCAUGCACACCAUGGAGGUCAGUAGGAACGACUCAGCCAUCAUGCACUUCAUGAAGGAAGGCCAAGUUCUCCUGGACCAGGCUGGCAUCGUGAUCAUUUACGUGAAGAACACGAUGCCUGUUCACUUUGUGUUUGACGACUCACCGAUGGGCCGGGUGGGAAAUACAACGGUCGAUCGAUUCGCCAUGCAGUGGGGCCCACUGGUGGGCCCCGAGGGUAACCGGACUAUCACUGUGGAGAAUGGGACGGUCAUUGCAAGGAACCAGUCAAGACUGAGUGUGAAACUACAGCAGACUUCCAGGACUUAUGGACUACGUGUGACGUAUCUGAGUGAUGAAGCGGAGGAGGAAUCAAGAGAGGACUUCUACGUAUUCACCCUACCUGAGGGCGCACAAAUUAAAGAACCAGACAGCAUUUCUCAAGAAGAAAAUGAAAAGACAAGGCUGACUCCCGUCUACGCAUCUGUAGGCGUGUUGCUAUGUGUUGUUACCAUAUUAAGCAUUACUUGGUUCUUGGUACACCGUCGUCGUGGAUACAAGCACCUUGAGCGUCGACUGCUGGAGGGGUUGGAGGAGAUUGAUGAAGACGGAGAACAUUAUUUCAUCAUGAGACCGGCUAACACACGAAAUGAGGAAAGCCCUCCGCCAACAGUGGUAGCUGACCGCUGGGAGCUGCCCCAUACCUGCCUAAAGGCUGGCAGACUCCUGGGCAGUGGAGCAUUUGGACAGGUUGUGAAAGGGCGAGUAAGCAAAAGCCUCCUUGCACAUCGUGGGAUUGACCUCACUGCUGGCUUACCGAAUUCUGGCACUCACGUUACUGUCGCUAUCAAGGUCAUGCAUGAGAACACAGAGGAUCGUUAUGUGGAAGACUUUCUGCGUGAGAUCAACAUGAUGAAGGACCUUGGUUACCAUAGCAACAUUGUGUCCCUGCUUGGAUGCUGCACACUUCGGGAACCUUUCUGUCUUGUUGUUGAACAUUUGGCUCAUGGGGACCUUCUCUCGUACUUGCAGAAAUUACGCCAGGAGAUCGUGCAGCGUGACGUGAGAAUGGAAGGCUACAUUAACGAGGAUCUGGACCUGUUCACCCCGACUGACCUGCUCUCGGUCGCAAGACAGAUUGCUCGUGGAAUGGAGUACUUGUCCCAGAAAGGGUUUGUUCAUCGUGAUCUAGCUGCCAGGAACGUGCUGGUUGGAGAAAACAAGAUGGUAAAGAUCGGGGACUUUGGUCUGGCCCGCUACAUCUACAAUGACUCAAACAAGAUCUAUGUACAUCGACGAGGGGGAAAACUGCCACUACGCUGGAUGGCACCAGAGUCUAUAUUUGACAGAAUCUUCUCCACAGCUAGCGAUGUGUGGUCAUUCGGGAUUGUGUUGUACGAGAUUGUGACUCUUGGGUGUGUUCCUUACCCGGGGCUCAACCACACACAACUUCAGAACGCCCUCAAGCUUGGGACCAGGAUGGAACGCCCGGACAAUUGCAGUCAGGAAAUCUAUGACAUCAUGCUGCUCUGCUGGGAGCAGGUUCUGCUUGAGCGGCCGAGCUUCACUGACCUCUGUGUGACCUUCACUUCCAUGCUUGAAGAGGCUACAGAACUGGAGUAUUUUAACUUCAAGGUUUCUGAUAUAAAGGACUACUAUAGUAUUGACUCUGAUGAGAUGGAUGAAUCCGAUCUGGAUAUGCCCUCUGCUGGAUGCCUUUACAAUCAUAUUGCUUCACUUCAAAAUGCAGGUACUUUUGUUACCACAGAGGCAGAGGUAGUUACCAGAAUACCAGACGAGAACAUCGAGAUCACUGACAUUCAAAAGUUGGAAAUUCUCACCUGCCCCUCUGACUACAGUGAAAGCAUGUUUGCAAGAAAUCUCCCAUCCACUUCAUCCUUCCAUAAUGAGCUCUAUGCUGUGAAGAAAGAUGACGUCAUUGAAGGUAUCCCUGAUUCGACUAAUAGAGAAAAGCUUACUGAAAUGACAUGGCAAACCCUUGAUACGACAAGUAAAGGAUUGACAAAUAUUGAAAAUGAAUUUGACAAUUGCCAAUCUUCCAUGGCGAAUGGACAUUCAUCAGUAAAUCUUAAGAAAGAAUUUCAAGAAAAAGUUUCGUACACAGAACUCGCCUCCUCUGUCAGUCUUGUUGUCUCAAGGUCAAGGUCUUGCUCAGGUUCAGGGUCAAUUUCUGACAAUAAUGGUGGCGAUGAUGACAACUCAGUGUUUCAUGGUCAUCUUGCACCUGAGUACAGAGUUAGUUCAUCAUCAGAUGAAGUUUUUUCUGAAUGCACCAGCUGUAGCAUAUCAGAUGAUCUUAUUGACAAGACAGUGCAGGAAAAAUGCAAGAAAUGCUGCAAAUUGAUGGUGUCAAGGCGCUGCCAGCCCGAAAUCCAUGUCACAGAGAGGAAUGACAGUGCCUUCAGUAGCACAGCAUCUGAUGACUCGGACCAGUCCCAUAGCAACCACUCCGAGUCCUCUGUAGCAACCAGUGAUGAGUAUCUAAUGCCAGAUAGUCCUUGUGAAGCUACGGACAUUAGAAGAAAAGAGGUUUCCUUUGAUACUCUGUGUGACAUACCAACUAACAUGAGUAGUCACAAGCCUAAGCAUUUUGUUUUUGAGCCCCAUCCAUUGAAGAAGACUAAACUGCAUAAGAUUAAGUCAGUAGAGAACCCUUGCUAUACUUGGUUCCAUCAGAUGGAAGCGUAUGAAAUUGCGACAAAUUUGGCAGACAGGAGAAUUGACGAAAUGUUAAGUGAGUUUGUGUCAAUGUCAGAAAACAUGACAAUUGCCACCACUUACUUUUAAUAGCAAAAUAAAAAAAGUGUGAAAAACAAUCUAACAAUGAAUUCAUAUUUUUGGCCUGAAAUAAAUAUAAAA